UUUUUUUUUUUUUUGCGGCAGAAUCGUUUAUUCUCGUAAGGUCUAGCCGGACAACCAAGUUACUUCUUCUCCCAACCAGGGCAGUUUAAGCCGUUAUUGUGGAAUUUUUGACCGGCUCCAGCCAAAAUGUCGUCGGACGAGAUCGUCUGGCAGGUUAUUAACCAACAAUUUUGCUCCUAUAAACUGAAAACAACCAAGGGCCAAAAUUUCUGCCGAAACGAAUACAAUGUCAGCGGUCUCUGCAACAGGCAGUCCUGCCCGUUGGCCAAUUCCCGCUAUGCCACGGUGCGGUCGGACCCCGAAACAGGCGUGAUGUAUCUCUACAUGAAGACCGUGGAACGAGCACAUAUGCCUAGCAAAUGGUGGGAGCGGAUAAGGCUGUCGUCAAACUACGCGAAGGCGCUGGAACAACUCGAUGAGCGACUGAUCUACUGGCCUAAGUUCCUGGUGCACAAGUGCAAGCAGCGUCUCACGAGACUGACGCAGGUCGCUAUUCGGAUGAAGAAGCUGGCUAAGGAGGAGGAGAGACUGGGUGAAAAGAUUGUGCCGAAGUUGGCGCCUAAGAUUCGUCGGAGAGAGGAGACCCGUGAGCGCAAGGCCGAGUCGGCGGCAAAGGUUGAGAGGGCAAUUGAGAGAGAGCUUAUUGAGAGGUUGCGCAGCGGUGCUUAUGGCGAUCGGCCACUGAAUGUGGAGGAGGGUAUCUGGAAGAAGGUACUUCGCGGCCUGGAGCGCGCGGGAGAGGGUGAGCGUGACGAGGAUCUUGAUGAUGGGGAGGAGAUUGAAGAGGAGGAGGAAGGUGUUGGUGAGGUGGAGUAUGUCAGCGAUCUUGAUGAGGAGGAAGACCUGGAAGAUAUUGAAGAUUGGUUGGGUGCGGAGUCAGGAGACUCAAGCGAUGACUAUGAUGAUGAUGACGAUGAGGACAGUGACGAGGAGAGCGACGAAGAGGAUGCCAGCGAGCACAGCGAGGAUGAGAAGAAGAAGCCCGCGCCUGGCUUCAAGAGGAAGCGUUCUGCUCCCCAGCCUAAACCCCGGAAGAAGGGCCCUCGCAUUGAGAUCGAGUACGAAACCGAAGGACCGGGCAAGGAGAGUGUUUUCGCCUAAGGUAACACAUUUGUUCAAUCUUGGAAACCCCAACUAAAAAGCAAAAAGCAUCGUGAUUCAUUUUAUUAUGCACGGCGUUGUCUGGUUAUCUGAUAUCUGCUAUGAUCGGGCGUCAUACCCAGUCUCUGCAUAGUCUCUUCCUGUCCUGCGGGACUAAUAUGAAAAAUUUUUUUAACUUAA